AUGGAUAUUUCUGGCAGUGCUUGUGCCGUAGCUGCAGUUUUUCCACGUGCUGCAACUUGUACUAGUCGAUUUGGAGAGUCUGCUCAUUCCUCACAGCUCCCAACGAACCGGAAAGCGAACGCGCGAAUGAAAGCGACCGCGAAAACAAGUUCCGGAGCGCUCACACCGCAACCACGUUACUGGUCCGAGCAAGAGCACUUGCGUUUUUUGCAAGCGCUGGAGCUCUACGGGUUCAAAGAUGUGCGCUCGAUUGCGGAGCAUGUCGCAACCCGAACGGCAACUCAGGUGCGCACACACGCCCAGAAAUACUACCUGCGCCUUGCACGAGAGGCCGCAAAGCUGGUUCUGAACUUUGUGAAUGGGGAUGUUCAGCUCAGCAACGACCAAAUAUGGGAAUAUUUCAUUCUCUCCCAACAAGUGGACUCUCAGACGGGCAUGCGAAUCCCGAUGGUGGCGAUCGAUGCCGCCAGGGACCAGUUUCGAUCGCAGAGCCUUCUCGAUGUCCUGCAGCGCACCAGCGUGGACUCCGCCAGUAGUGUGGACGGGAAACCAGGGAUUACGACGGACCAAUCCGCUGGAUACAAGGAAUUUGAGCGAUCCGUGGGCAGAGAGAACGAGACAUCCCGAAAGAAAGGCCGUCGGCGACGGUCGUUGGAUGAGAGCGCGACUCAACGCCGCACCGAACUCUUCCUCGUUGAAGAGCAAGGCCAGUCAGAAGAGGAUGAUCCAAAAUCAGCCUCGGUUCCGAUGAGCUCUACGGACGGAAGAGAUGCUCCUGAUGAACUCGCGGUGCUUUUGGGUACAGAUUCCCUGGAUAUUCCCGAAUUGGCGAGCAGUGACGCGUAUUCCCCUCGUAGUGAUGGUGGAAGAGGUCGCCGUUCGCGCUCAAACUCGCGCGGUCGCUCGAGCGCUCGCCAAAAAACUGCUGGGGAUGGUAGUGCCGGACGCCGCUCCCGAAGCGCAGAAUCACAACGAGACGACGCAGCCGAUGGAGAGCUGAAACAUCCUUCGCCCAAACAGGCUAGCCAAGCACUGGAGAGUAUUCUGAAAGAGGAUGAUUUGCAGGAAUUCGAAUACGGACGGACGUGGAGCCAAGACGCACUCUUCAAUCCACAUGCGACGCGGGAGCCGGAGACAACGCGCCUGGGGUACCCGGCUCCGGUCAAAGGCAUCAACCCGAUUCCCAGCGAACUUAGCUUGCAUACGCCGACCCCCAGUGAUGAUCAUCGAGGAUACGUUCCGGGACAACAAGCUUCCCGAGCCGGUGCGUUCGCAACGGCAGACCUGUAUCGCCCGAUGGAAUUGGAUAUGGAUCUGUUGCAGCGCGGCCUCGAAGCGUUUGCCCAAGAUCCGCAAUGUGAGCCGCGCGUCAAGCACUAUGCGGAUCUACUUCAGGUGCAGCUACAUACCAGGAGGCUACGCGGUUCGCCCGCGGGAGACAGCUCCGGCAUCGAGUCUGUGCCCGAUACCGCCAGAGAGUCGAUCCCUUUGUGGCAACGACGGUCCGGACCUUCAUCGCCCUUGUAUUUUUCAUCCGUUCUCUCUGAUCGUCAUGUGAAUAGUUUUUCACCGACUCCGGAGACGGCGUCUCCCAUGAUAACUGCAACCGCUGCUGUGACCAUGCCAAUCGACGAGCUGGAUUUAGUCGCAAACCCAGGCGGCAUGGGCGGCUUGCAACCUUCAGCAUACCCAGUGAACGCUCCGAGCCUGCUGCCAUCCCAGAGCGCGCUACCGGAUCGCUCGGCAACGCUUUCUCCGCUUGUGCGUUCGCUGACACCGCGAACACUGUCGAUUCAGCGAAACGGCUCGACACAAAGCAUCCUGCAGCUCUUGUCCGGCAAGCCAACAGAUGAACUACCACCGAUGGCGUGGAUGUUUCUCAGUUCCAUCAACGACACUCAGGAGGAUCGUUUUCUUCAGAUGCUGCAGCACGUCGAGCACGGGGCAUUCCGCGCUACCGACGGAGAAGCAUCAACAGCGAGUGCGUACCCGAACGCGACACCCGUUGCGAGAGGCAAGGGCGAUGCGCCGCGGGACGCGAGCACGCACUCGACGGACACGGAUGUGAUGUUUAUCGAGCACGCACCGCGUACGGCGCCUCGAGAUCACACCGAUGACGUGUCCCUGCAGCAGUCGACGCGACCUCUACGACGCAACGAGCGAAUGAGCUGGGGGUCACUUGUACGGCUCCCGAGCAAUACAAGUUUUCUGAAUUUAGUCGAUCCGAAUGCCGUUCCUGAAGACCUGGACAGAUCAUAA